AAAUGCAAAUAUUACGAUAAAUUCAAAAUCGAACAUACAAUACUUAAAGUACGGAUUAAGUAUAUUUUUUUUUUACUAAAGUCGUCUGGAGUUCUAAAUUACAUUCAAAUGAGAAAGGUCUAAAUGAGACACCCAAAAGCAACGCCGCUACUAGAAUGACACGACUUGGUUAGCCAGCUUAUAGGUUCAAUUGGCAUCUAACUACACUACAUGUCAAAACAAUUAAAUACAUACUCGGAUAUACGAGUAUAAUACGACCAUGCAACAUAAAAUAUUUCCCCCUAUAUAAUCCCCCUUUAAUCCAUAACUUCAAAAUUACACCUUAUUCUUGUAGUAGUAUCUCAUUCUUCAAAGAGCCAUGCAUGUUACCACCCAAUUCCUUAGUAAUACUACUACUACUAUUACACCAAAAAACAAAACAAAUCUACCAUUUCAUAAUCCUCACAAUUCUUCAUCACCUUCAAAAGUUACUUAUUGUAACAUCCUAAUAAACCCCUCCAAAUACACUACCAAGAUUAUUUCUCCUUCUACAUUUGAUCCCAUUCCUCCGCAGCGGCCGUCACAGACGAUGUUGCCGCCGCAUUGCCAACCUACCCUUAACCCGCUCCAAAGGCUGGCAGCAUCGGCCUUGAACAAAAUAGAGAAAUCACUUGUCCUAGACCAAGAAAAAAAACACCCUUUGCCUAAAACGGUCGACCCGGAAAUUCAAUUAUCGGGUAAUUAUGCACCGGUUCAGGAACAUCCGGUUCAGAUCGGUUUAGAAAUAAUGGGUGAAAUUCCAUCCGGUUUAAAAGGAGUUUAUGUGAGGAAUGGAGCUAAUCCUAUGCUCCCACCAUCAGGUGCUCAUCACUUGUUCGACGGCGAUGGAAUGAUCCACGCCGUCAAACUUGGACCAGGAAACCAAGCAGCUUAUUGCUGCCGGUUCACUCAAACGAACCGGUUGGUUCAAGAAUAUGUGGCCGGGAGAAAUUUAUUUCCUAAACCGAUUGGCGAGUUACACGGUCGGACCGGAUUGGUCCGGCUCGGUUUAUUUUAUGCACGUGGGGGUCUUGGUUUAGUUGACCCGGCACGUGGAGUUGGAGUGGCUAAUGCUGGUCUUGUGUAUUUUAAUGGGAGAUUACUUGCUAUGUCGGAGGAUGACUUGCCAUACCACGUGAAAAUCAACGGUGGUGAUGAUUUGGAGACGGUCGGACGGUUCGAUUUCGACGGGCAGGUGAAUCGCCCGUUGAUUGCACACCCUAAGGUGGACCCUGACACGGGUGAUCUUCAUACACUUAGCUACGACGUCCUAAGUAAGCCGUAUUUGAAGUACUUUAGGUUUGAUAAGCGGGGCCAGAAGUUACGUGAAGUACCCGUGUCGCUUCCUCAACCUACUAUGAUUCAUGACUUUGCCUUGACUCAAAAUUUCGUAGUCAUACCGGAUAAUCAAGUUGUGUUUAAAUUAUCCGAGAUGGUUCGGGGCGGGUCGCCCCUAAUGUUCGAUCCGAAUAAGAGGGCUCGGUUCGGGGUCCUCCCGAAGGACGAUACCACCGGGUCAAAGAUCCAAUGGAUUGAGGUUCCAAAUAGCUUUUGUUUCCAUUUUAUGAAUGCAUGGGAGGAAAAUGAGGGAAAACAUGUGGUCAUACUUGGGUCAUGCAUGAGCCCACCCGAUUCGAUCUUCAACGAUAGUAAUGACCCGAUCCAAAUUGAACUAUCCGAGAUUCGACUAGACCUUGAGACGGGUAAAUCAACCCGACGGGUGAUAGUUUCGGGUGUAAAUUUAGAAAUAGGACAAGUAAAUAAGCGUUUGUUAGGGAAAAAGACGCGGUACGUGUACAUGGCAAUCGCAGAGCCGUGGCCUAAAUGUGGUGGCAUAGCCAAGGUUGAUGUUACAACCGGUGAAAUGACUAAGUUUAUCUAUGGAUAUGAGAGAUAUGGUGGGGAACCAUGCUUUGUACCCGCUAAGAAAACGAGUACAUCUUCUAAUAAUCACGAGUUAGGAGAAGUUAAUUACAAUUUAGGUGAUGUUAAUGUUGAUUUAGGUGAAGUUGAUUGUGUUAGCGAUGAUGAUUGUGAAGAUGAAGGGUGGAUAAUGAGCUUUGUGAGGGAUGAAAAUGUGGAGAGGUCGGAAUUGGUAAUAUUGAGGGCAAAGGAUAUGAAGCAAAUUGCAAGUGUAUGCAUGCCUUCAAGGGUUCCUUAUGGUUUCCAUGGCACUUUUGUUGACCAAAAUGAAUUAAGUGUACAAAGAAAUUAAUGAUUGAUUAGUGAUUAGAUAUUUCAACAUUAUUUAACUUU